ACAGCCAGACACUUUGUAACUGCUGUAGAUCUUAAGCAGAACGUCCCCAAACUGUGUGGAUCCUUAUUGCACUAAAUGCAUAGAAGUGCAUCCUCAAAUUGGAUGGACCUGAUACUGUGGGCCAAUCUAAGGUCUACGUUUAAUAAGCACAAGUAUCUUCUACAAAGAGAAUAUGAAGAUGAGGAAGUGUCCUUCUUGGUGGCACCUUCAUAUGUUUCUUGUGACAGUGGACAGAUGACUACUUCUCAAAUGUCCUUAAUUUGCUAAGAUCAGUAUCUAUGCUACAAGCAUGUCUCACAGCAAUAACAACUCGGACGGCCUUGAAAAAUCAGACUCUGGCUCACUGGGAGUCGCUGUGACAAUAACCGAUGACAAAACAGAGGAAAACAGCCAUAAAAUUGACUGCAUUAUAUGUUUCUCAUGUUACAACCUCUCAAACAGACUUCCACGCAAACUCUACUGUGGCCACACCUUCUGCCAGACGUGUAUCAGGAGGCUGGACGCAGUGACCAAUGAGCAGAGAUGGAUUCCGUGCCCACAGUGCCGGCAAAACACACCAACCCCACGAGGGGGCGUGGCAAUGUUGGACCUGGACCUAACAGCUUUUUUGGCAGUAAAGUCAGAAAAAGAGAAUCCACGAUCAUCAAGCAAGUCAGUAGAGAUGGACGCAGAAUUUAAAUUGUUUGCAAAAACCAUGCCAAUAAGUCAUCAACCAUUGACUUACCAUGAGACUGUCUCAGAGCCUCAGUUUCCAAGACGAAUGUGUUGUAAAAACUGCUUUUGUUGCUGUUGCUGUAGCUAUGAUUAAUACAACAACCAAAAAAGCUUAAUAGGUGACACCCAGGAUAUCAUUUAUUUCCUUUUGAAGAGUUCUAAUGCUUCUAAUCCACUGGUUUACAAUCCUGUCCUCGUGCCUCUCCAACAAGGUUUUCAGGAUGACCUUGGAUGAGAGCAGUAAUAUAACCUUGUUUACUAAUCAGUUGAUUAUUUCACCUGUGCUCCAGUUCCGAUAUCCUCAAAAUCUGGCCUGUUAGGGAGGUCUGAGGACUGGUUUGAAAAUCAGUGAUCUAAUCUGUUUAGUGAUAUAAAGAAUUUCUCAUGUCAAGUAUCUAUGUACCAUCAUAAAUAUAUAAAGAGGAUCAUAUUAAAACUUUUAAAUCUA